AUGGGUUCGCAGGAUGGUCUCUCACAAGAUCUGGAUCCACGUAAUAUUGACAUAAAACGGGAAAUAAGUCGCUCAAAAGCUUCGACAAUCUUUGAAUUACUGAUAUGCGGGAAGGCUCACGUUAUGAAAGUCUUCCAUGAUAAUGGCGACCCAGGCUACACCGAAAAGGGCCGAGAUCUGAACCGGUAUCGCUGCGAGUUGAACGCCUACCGGAACCUCUAUAGAUUCGGCGUCUGUGACCGCGGCUUUGUUCCCUUCUUUCACGGCUGCAUCGAUCGACUUGAUCCAUCGGCCUUUGACCCCGAGCUGGAACAUUUUAUCAACGAUAGAUAUUUUCCGAGGGCAAUUGUUCUCGAGUAUUUACCGAAUGCUGAAAGAUUGAAUUGUGUGAAUUACUCUGAAGACCUCUUUCGUUUUGCGGUUGAUGGUAUCAAAGAGAUACACGGUGCCCGUGUCCACCACCAUGAUAUUUACCCGAAGAACAUGCUUGUUGUGUCUGGUAGGAGGAUUGUAUGGAUUGAUUUCGACGUUGCGACAAGCUUCGAUAGUAUGGGGCGUUGUGAGGCGGCAUAUUGUGAAUAUGAAGUCGACCUCGUCAAGAGUUUUGGGAAGCUUUUGAUCAGCAAGCUCGCUUUUGACUAA